AUGGAUCAUAUCGAGAUGCCGAUGAAUCCUUGCAGUCUCGAGACCAUCUCGGAGCCUGUGGAGCUGCCCUCAGGUCGUCGAGUAUGGCCUUUGGUGGUAGCAUGCUACGAACUGCAGAGCGAUGGAUCUCGUCAAGGCCGCUUGGAUCUCUUCCCCGUCAAGGUUCCUGACUUUCAACACAGUAGCAACUUGUCCUUUCCUCUGCGAUUUGGGAGCUCCAUUCCUACCACCAAUCUGUCGGGAAUUCUAGAUGGAAAAUGGAUUCAUCUGCCGUCACACUCAAGCAAAAGUUUUGGUGAAUCUGGCUAUUACUUUGCAGCGGCUCAUUCCAGUGGAGAUAUUUCCAUUCAUUCCCUGUUGCUUUCUCAAGAAGAAGAACAACAACAAGAAGAAAGUCAACCAUUAAAAUUGAAAAUGGUGUCCAAUACGAAUCUUGACAGAGAUCCCUCGGAUCCAUCUUCAUUAUGUUUGGCGCUGAGUUGGGACAAGACCAGUACUGCCACAGAUGAUGUAUCUUCGUCGAGACAGAUUUUGUCUUCCUAUUCCAACGGCAUUGUCAAACUCCACAAUUGUUGCUUUCAACCAAAUAAUCACAAUCCACAACUUUUUGAAGAAUCCUCCUGGCUGGCACACACAUUAUUCAACACUCCGUCGGAAGUAUGGGCAGCUUCCUUUGUGGGCAAUCAUCAUGCCAUCAUGACAGGAGGAGAUGAUGCCAAAUUAAAACUGUGGGACACACGAGCUACCACGCGGCCCAUGCAGGUACUUGGAAAUCACUUUGAGGCUGGUGUGACGGUCAUUUCACCACAUCCCACAAACGACAAUCUGGUGGCCUGUGGAAGCUACGACGAAACCAUUGGCAUUUACGAUGUCCGGGCUCUGUCUUCCAAAAACAAGCCCAUGGGGAAAAGUGCUCCCUUGGGAGGUGGCAUUUGGAGAAUCAAAUGGCAUCCCUUGGAGGAUGACAGGUUGCUGGUGGCUGCCAUGCAUGGAGGCUGUCGCAUUGUCAAAAUGGAUCAACUCAAUGAUACUGACCACAAUCCACGCUUCGUUUUGACAGCCACCAAACAGUUUACAGAACACAAGAGCAUGGCAUAUGGAGCUGACUGGCUCGUCUGUAACCAUCCCACACGAGAGGGAUAUUUUGAGGCUGCAGCCAGCUGCUCCUUUUAUGACAAGGCUGCUUUCUUGUGGGACACGGUGGCUGCUUGA